UUUGCAAAAGCGUUUGAUGUAGCAAGACAGUCGUUUGGCAACCGUCGGAGCACGUCGUCGCAUUUUUCAUUUUUAUAUCGACCGAAACACACGCUGCUGCACGUCGACGCAUUUUUUUUAUAUCGUCGGUCUACACACCCUAAAUUAUCUAAAGAAAAAUGGCUUCAGGAGUCACCGUGUCAGAUGUCUGCAAAACGACCUACGAGGAAAUCAAGAAGGACAAGAAGCAUAGAUAUGUCAUUUUCUACAUCAGAGAUGAAAAGCAAAUCGAUGUAGAAACAGUUGGUGAACGUAACGCCGAAUACGAUCAAUUCUUGGAGGAUAUCCAAAAAUGCGGUCCCGGUGAAUGCCGUUAUGGUCUUUUUGACUUUGAGUACAUGCACCAAUGUCAAGGUACCUCAGAAAGUUCCAAAAAACAGAAACUUUUCCUUAUGUCCUGGUGCCCCGAUACCGCCAAAGUAAAGAAGAAGAUGUUGUACUCCAGCUCAUUCGAUGCCUUGAAGAAAUCGCUUGUCGGUGUACAAAAAUACAUACAAGCCACUGAUCUUUCUGAAGCUUCCCGUGAAGCGGUCGAAGAGAAAUUACGCGCCACUGACCGUCAGUAAGAUAAAGAUGAAUGAAUGAAUUCUGUUUUAAAAAUCAUCAUUAAAAACACCACCACAAACAACCACUCUACCCAGAAUCCAAUUACAUCAAACAACAAGAAAACACAAAACAACAACAACAACAACCAAUAUUUGUAUUUUGAAGCAGAAAUAUGAAAAGAAAAACUAUUUAAUUUCAGCUUUUUAUAAAUAAUAAUAAUUUAAUAAUAAUAAAAAAAGGAAAAAAAUAAAAGAAAA